AUGGCUGAAAAGCAGAGUUUACCAGUGGUCCUCUCUAUGGGUGCUUAUCCAUUCACCUUUCUCGAGUGGUUGAGUAUCAUAGCAAUCAUGCUCCUUUGUGCACCUAUCAUUUUGACUGGUAUGGCGCUAUGCUGGGUGGUUCAGAAGCUUCAGGGCCCGAUUUUCAAUAUGGGUUAUCCUUAUAACCUCAAGCCAGUGAGAGCUUCUCGCGAGGAGUAUGCUGUUGUUACUGGUGCAUCCAAGGGUAUGGGCCGUCAGUUUGCCAUGAAGUUGGCGAAAGCAGGGUGGAGUCUUGUGAUUGCCGCUCGUAACGAGAAGUUGUUAAACGAGUUGAAAGAUACUUUGGUGAAGACUUACGGUCCGAGUUGCAAGGUUGCCGUUGUUCCGUGCGAUUUGUCCUGUGAUGAGGGUCUUGCCAAACUCCGUGCUGCCGUUGAUGAUCUUCCAGUCACCCUAGCUGUUCUGAAUGCUGGUGGUAUGUAUUCGUGUGAUAUCGUCAAUCUCGAGCCGGAGAAGUUGGAAGCUCAGAUUCGUCUGAAUAUCAUCCAACAAGUGAUGCUCUCACAAUACUUCAUGGCCCAUCACUUCGUUCCUCGUGGAAAGGGUCGUGUCUGCAUCAUGAGCUCUUUAGCAGCCCAUUUUAUCGGUAGCGGUAACGCCUUCUACUAC